AUGGGGGUCAGCCACUCCAUGGACAGAGAGCAGGUUGACGAGGUGCUCACGCAGUUUGAGGCCACCACAGCCUCGAUCAAAGGAAUUGAGUCAAAGAUGUCAAAGGUCAACCAUUACAUGGAGGCAGUGCAGGCUCAACGCCGCAACCUGAGCGCCCACGCCGAGGUCACUAGCAACCUCAUAGAUGGCCUGGGUGCAUCCAUUGCGGAUCAAAGUGAAGCUAUUUUCGACUACUUCACAUCCAGCUUCGACUAUUUCGCCGGACUGGUGGAGACGCUGGAGACUUCGCUUUUCAACUUGAAGCUCCAGGAUGCGCCGCGGCAGAUGCAACAAGAGUUUGGGCCGUUGCUAAUGCCAGCCGUGGUGCUGAUGGUCAUCAUUACGGGAAGCAACUGCUACUUCGGCUUCCUGCUGGCCAGCGAUGACCAGCUCUCCGCGGAGUUGAUCGCAGGAGUCGGACAAAGCACCGGGAAUUCUACUGACUCCGCUGCACUAAGCGAGAUGAACAUUCUCAAUCUUUUUGCCAUCGGCCACGUUGUUCUCAUAGGCUUGGCUGUCGUAUACAUCGUCGUCGAUCUCCUCCGCAGGCGUUUUCAGCGCCAGCGACGGAAGCGAAAACUACGCGGCAGACGCCGAAGCACAGGCAGCGUCGUACUUGGCUCCGACGACUCGGAGGAGGAUGAGUUUGCCGAGAAGGACGAAACAGAUCCUCAGUCUCCAAGCCCGAGAGCCCAGCGGAACCUGACGGAUGCUUCUGCGAAGACAGAAUCGACGAUCAGAACGCCAGUUUCGCAAAUGCUGAGGCGGCUGCAGCAGGUGGCAACGAAGCCAAUUCACUCUGAGGUGCAAAUCAAGAAGUUCUUCAGCUUGAGCGCACCUGAGAAAAGUCAGAGUGGACGAACUAGCCAGGACUGGCUAGGAGAAUGCCGCAUUUGCGACCACCAAGUGGACGUGCACGUUGCUGCGACAGCAACCUCGCAAGUCUUGCAGACGCUCCACGCUGGCAAGACGGUCCUUGUUGUUCAGGCCAUACGUGGUGGACGAGGGAAAGUGUGGGGUCGCCUCACGAAGCCACCAGGCUGGAUCUUGCUGGCCGACUCGACAACUGGCUAUGCGGCAGCAUCGAAGGUGGCCGGUCCCGCUCAAAGCAGCUCCUAG